UCUUACGGCUGGGGAGUUGCUCCAAAGAUGGAAGAAGUUUUGCUGAUGGGCAGAAGGUUUUAUCAGCCGGCUUCGUCGGGUUCGUCUGUCCAUGCAGGCCCAAAGAAGAAGGAAGAACCAGUUCAGAACACGAGCACAAACACAACUCCAAAUCAGCCUGCUCAACCGGUGCCCGUGGUUCGCCGGAAUGGUCAAGCCAGCAUAGCAACUUCGUCUUGCCGCUGGACAGCUCCUCCAAACAAGGAAGAAGUUUUGCCAACUGGUAGAAGGUUUGAUCGGCCGUCGUUGUCGGGUUCGCGUGUCCAUGCAGGCCCAAAGAAGGAGCCUUCGAGUCAAGCAACUCCAAAGAAGGAAGAACCAGUUCACAACACGAGCACAAACACAACUCCAAAUCAAGCUGCUCAACCGGUGCACGUAGACAAAUGUCUUCGCCGGAUCUUGGAGAGAAUGAUCACUCCUGAUACAAACGAAGAGGCCACUCUAGAUGAGGGAAUGAUGACUAUCAAUCUUUUGAAACAUCAGAGAAUAGCUUUAGCUUGGAUGGUGAAGAGCGAGGAGCGUGGAAAUUGUUCUGGUGGCUUUCUAGCAGAUGACCAGGGUCUUGGCAAAACAGUGUCUACGAUAGCUCUUAUUCUCAAAGCUCGGUCGCCAAUUCACCUGCUCAAUCCGGAAACACAAGCCAUUAAACCUGAGAUUAAACCUGAGAUCAAACCUGAGCUUAUGCAGAAGCCGGAGCCAAAAAGAAGGGGUGGCACUCUUGUCGUAUGCCCGACAAGCGUUUUGAGACAGUGGUAUCAUGAGAUCGAGGAAAAAGUUACAGCGGCGGCAAGGCUUUCAACACAUAUUUAUCACGGCGGUAACAGGAAGAGGUGUCCCUACGAGUUAGCCAAAUAUGACGUUGUGCUAACCACGUACUCAAUUGUAACAAAUGAGGUGCCUAAGCCAGAUGAGGAGAUAGAAGCAGAUGAGGAAACGUAUGCAGACUAUGGCAGCAGCUGUUCGCAAGCAUUUUCAAAUAAGAAGACGAAGAAAAGGACCCCGACUCGUGGGGCAGGACCUCUAGCCGAAGUCAAAUGGUUUCGAGUGGUGUUGGACGAGGCACAGACGAUAAAAAAUGCAAAAACACUAGCAGCGUACGCUUGCUGGGGACUGAAAGCCGACAGACGAUGGUGUUUGUCGGGUACACCACUUCAGAAUACCAUCGACGACCUCUUCAGCUACUUUCGAUUCUUGCGCUUCGACCCGCUGGAUUCAUACUCAACCUUCAAGAUAAAGGUGAAAGAACCAAUCUCCCGAGAUCCGAGCACAGGAUAUGCAAAGCUACAGAUGAUACUCCAGGUGAUUAUGCUUCGUCGAACAAAAGAAACUGUCAUUGACGGAAAGCCCAUUCUCCAGCUACCUGAAAAGCAUGUGACCAUGCUACAGGCGGAUUUCAGCAAAGAGGAACGCGAGUUCUACGACAGUUUGGAGCAGCGCUCACGCGAUAAGUUUCAGAGCUACCAACGACGUGGGACUGUUCAAAAAAACUACGCGAACAUCAUGGUUUUGCUCCUGCGCCUGAGACAAGCAUGCUGCCAUCGGUCCCUUGUUCCGGAAGAUAAAGAGUCAAAAAUCGAAGAUGAAGAGUCAAACAUCGAUGCAAAGGAAAACGUAUCCAUAUGCACAAUAUGUGAAGAUGCUCCCGAACAGCCUUUUCUUAGCUGCUGUGGUCACGUCUUUUGCUCCCAGUGCAUCUCAGAGAAAUUGCUGACAAGCGAGGAAUUGGCGGUCAAGUGUCCCGCUCCAGGCUGCUCUUGCACACUAGAGAGCUCUUUGCUGUCUAGCUUCAUGUCCUUGGAUUCCAACGGAGGAUAUGAGUCGUCCUCAAAGAUCAAUGCCGUCAUGGAGCGCCUGAUGAAUCUUCCCGUGACGAGUCCUGCAGCAGCCGGGAAGAAAGCUGUUACCGAGAAAGCUCUCGUCUUCUCGCAGUGGACAAGUUUGCUUGAUCUGGUCGAGCCUCGUCUAGAAAAGGCCGGCUUGGAAUUCAGAAGGCUCGACGGCACAAUGUCGGUCAUGGAGCGGGACGCAGCAGUUUGCGAAUUCAACGAAAAGCCCGAGGUGUCUGUGAUGCUCAUGGGCCUUAAAGUUGGAAGCUUGGGCCUCAACAUGGUAGCUGCGUGCCAUGUCCUUCUUCUCGACGUGUGGUGGAAUCCCACGGUGGAGGAUCAGGCCAUCGAUCGAGCUCAUCGCAUCGGACAGACCCGGGACGUUCACGUCACGAGGUUCACUGUGAAGAAAACCAUUGAGGACCGGAUCCUAGCUUUGCAGGAACAAAAGAAGCAAAUGGUUUCGUCGGCAUUUGGAGACAGUGGGGGGAGGAACAAUCGACGGAACCGGCUCACCAUGGAUGAUCUGCGCUUCCUGUUUACGAGUUAUUAACUUUUCUCUCAUGAUUUAUUAACUUUUCCCGCGACUUUUACUCUGAAUUGUAUAGCAUUAAUUCGAAGUUACGUCUCUAUA